UCAUUUCCCAGUUUCCACGAAGUCUUCCCGCUGACAAGUCCCGCCACCGAUCAUCAGAGAACGAAACCCUAAUUCAUGAAAUAAACGAAAAACCCUAACUCUGGAACCCUAUAUUAUACCCUCUCUGCAGUCGGUUGAUUAGCUGUUCGAUUCAUUUUUCCUCAUGGAUCACCUCUGAACUUUUUGAUCUGAGAUUGUUUGUUGUAUGCGCAGUGUUUUUGUGUAUUUUCUGCGACAGAUGGUUGAUUUAGGGUUACGAUCUAUUAUGGCUUAAAUUAUGGUGAUAUGAAGAUUUAAGAUCUGGAUUUCGUUGAUUUUAUUCGGAAAGGUCGCCGUAAUUUGAUAAUUGACGGGAAAAGAUGCCGUUUCUGUUGUUUUUUGAGUUCAAUUUCAGUCAGUUAAGGUUUUUCUCUAUGACGUUAUCAAAAGGUUAGGUUUCUUGACGCACAGAAGUUGACUAUCUGGCAAAAAUGCCAAGAAAUUCCAUUUAUGUGGUAGUCUUUGUGAUCUCCAUCAUUUCCAAUGGUGCAUCUGGCUCAACGAACAAUACAAAGACUGUUAAUUUUAAUUCAGCGGAGAAUGGAACUGAUUUAACCCAAGGCGGUGGAGAAUCAAUGGACAAACGGAAACUUGCACCCCCCGUUUCUCCUUCGCCUCCUUUGAAAGAAGAUAAUAGUUCAAAAAUCAAUCCAGAUCCCAGUUUAAACCUGACCUCAUCGAUCUCCCCACAUCAAAAUUCGCCUGGCCCUCAUGAAGUUGAUCAGAGAAGCCCUAUAACUGUGCCGGUGUCUAAUAACUCAUCUCAAUCCAGCCCAAUUGGACAAGGGAAGGGCAAUGGAACCUUAGAUGGGAGUAAGGGGAAUAACACAACUGAUAAGACUGAUUCGGAAAGUCAUCCUAUGAAGACGCCUUCUGAUAGCAAAGGGGAAAUUGGAACCAAUUCUCGACCACAUACCUCUAGUGAACGCAAAGAGGCUUGCACUGGUGCAUUGGAUCAUUGCAUGGAUAGCAAGAAAUUAAUUGCUUGCCUGAAACAUGGGGGAAAUGGAUCAAGUGCAGCAUUAUAUCUCGUGAUCCUAAAUGAAGGGGAGGAAGCCAUAACUGUGAACAUUACGUCCUUACCUUCGAUUAUACUGGAACCCUCAAAGAUUCAACUUCCCAAGAAUGAAAGCAGAAAGAUAAAGGUACCAGUGAAGACUGGUGGCAACCAAAAAAUAGUCCUCGAUGCAGGUAGUGGUGACUGUACUCUCCAUCUCCAUUCAAACAUACCCCCUAAAUCAACAGAGUCUAUUAUUAAUCCGUUCCCUGCUUAUGCCACAUUGACAACCACCCAUCUGUAUGGUGCAUACUUUUUGUUUCUGCUCACUGUUAUGGCUGGAGGCACUUGGAUAUUUUGUAAGUGUAGGAGAAGACGGCAGCAUGGGGAUGCUGGUGUUAGGUAUCAGGAACUUGAGAUGGGCCUACCAGAGUCUAGUCUUCCAGGUGAUAACCGGAAACUCGACAAUGAUGGUAUGGAUGGAUGGGAUAGAGUGUGGGAUGAAGUUUGGGAGGAGGAGACCUCGGAGGCCACACACAGUGUGGCUCCAAACGGAGUCUCAACUAAGGCCUUGGCCAGAGAUGGUUGGGAGGAUGAUUGGGAAGAUUAGAACGAUUCUUUUUUCUCAUUAGGACUGUAAAAUUUAGAAGGAAGAUAUAGGGAAAGCAUAUAGGUUAAUGAUGGAGCACUUGUAUGAGUAAGCGUGCGUGUGUACAUGCCUGCAGAUGAGUGACAGUGAAGAGGGAAGUCUUAUUUUUUUUGGAAAAAGAAACAAGGUUUUUGUUGUCAAUUUUGUGAAAUUGGAGGUAUUUGAUUUAAGGUACUUUGGUUGGCUUUAACAAACUCGAUAGUUCUCAAAGAUCACAAUUACAUUGACUUAGUAUGAUAUUAUUUGUGAGAACUGAUUAAAAAGAA